AUGUCCUAUACCACCAGCCCCCAGGGGAAUAGUGCUGGCAGCCGCCCCAGCUGGCAGGACCAGCUCCAGGAUCAUUGCACACGCACCAAGCUAUCUCCUCCUGUCUUCAACAUUGUCUCCGAUCGGCGAGGAGGUCGUACUGCUUGGUCCAGUACCGUCACCGUUCAGGGCCAGAAUAUCGCCGCUCGUUACUGGUAUGACGGUCAGUUUAUCAAUAAUGCCAAAGAGGACGCCGCCGAGGUUGCCCUCAAGACCCUGAACCAGCAGCCCAGAGCUGCUACCGUCUACCAGGGUCAGCUGUUCCCGCAGGCAACGUCGUCCGGCUAUGGUCGCGGAGCUGGCGGGUUCUGA